CGCGCCCGAGACCCGGGAACAAGUGCAGGAACCUUAUAUCUUACUGAUCCGGUUGAUCUCUGCUCCAGCUUCAGCUCAUCACAAUGGGAAUCCAUGGACUUGCUAAGCUCAUUGCUGACCAGGCCCCUGGUGCCAUCAAAGAGCAAGACAUCAAGAACUACUUUGGUAGGAAAAUUGCCAUAGAUGCCUCCAUGUGUAUCUACCAGUUCCUGAUUGCGGUGCGACAGGACGGUAACGUUCUGCAGAAUGAGGAUGGCGAGACGACGAGCCACCUGAUGGGAAUGUUCUACCGGACGAUCCGCAUGCUGGAAUAUGGCAUCAAACCUGUGUACGUCUUUGACGGCAAGCCCCCACACCUCAAGUCAGGAGAGCUGGAGAAGCGAGUGGAGAGGAGAGCAGAAGCUGAGAAGAUGCUUGCUCAAGCUCAGGAACUGGGAGAACAAGAGAACAUUGACAAAUUCAGCAAGCGUCUGGUAAAAGUAACCAAGCAGCACAAUGAUGAGUGCAAGAAGCUGCUGACUCUGAUGGGAGUGCCCUACAUUGAGGCUCCAUGUGAGGCGGAGGCCAGCUGUGCCGCUCUAGUUAAAUCAGGGAAAGUCUUUGCCACCGCAACUGAGGACAUGGACGGGCUGACCUUUGGGACCAACGUCCUGCUGCGACACCUCACGGCCAGUGAAGCAAAGAAACUUCCCAUCCAAGAGUUCCACUUCAGUCGCAUCCUGCAGGACAUCGGCCUGACCAAUGAACAGUUCAUAGACCUGUGCAUUCUGCUGGGCUGCGACUACUGCGGCACCAUCAAGGGAAUCGGCCCCAAGAGAGCCAUCGACCUGAUCAAACAACAUGGCUGCAUCGAGGAGAUCCUUGAAAACAUUGACUCCAGCAAGCACCCUGCUCCGGAGGACUGGCUGUAUAAAGAGGCCAGGGGUCUGUUUUUGAAGGCAGAAGUGGUGGAUUGUUCCACGGUGGAGUUGAAGUGGAGUGAGCCGGAUGAGGACGGUCUGAUCCAGUUCAUGUGUAACGAGAAACAGUUCAGUGAGGACAGGAUGCGUAACGGCUGUAAGAAGAUUGUAAAGAGCCGACAGGGCAGCACACAGGGACGACUGGACUCCUUCUUCUCCAUCACUGGAUCUCUGUCCUCCAAGCGAAAGGAACUUGAGCUUAAAGGAUCCGCAAAGAAGAAGCAGAAGACGGGAGCAACACCGGGCAAAUUUAAGAAGGGGAAGUAGACUUUUGGGGAAGUAACUAGCAACACCAACUAGAGUAUUAACAUGAACGUAGAGCUGCAGGUGACGUAGGAGGAAGCAACACAAUGAGAGGUUGUGUGCAAUUAUUAGAUCUGCUGAACAACUGUUCAUACACGACCAAACAGAUUUAGGGAUCGUGGAAAAUCAGUUUCUUUUCAAUUGUAUUUUCUGUUACUAAAUAAAUAUUGUUUUAGGCCAC